CGCCGCUGCGGCGCGCGCUUCCUGUGAGGUCAGGUGGGAGGAAGCGGCCAGGGAGCCGCCGGGAGUGGACGCAGCGGAGGCCCGGAGCCGCGCCCGCAGCUUUUUGAGGUCUGGGGAAAGGCGCAGCCCAGCAGGGACCCAUCGCUCCUGGGAGGAUGGUGCGGAUCUUGGCCAAUGGGGAAAUUGUGCAGGAUGACGACCCCCGCGUGAGGAACAGUCUCCCCUCGCGCGGUAGCACCCCCCGACAGAUGCUAUUUGCAAGUCUAGGGUGGAAGAAAGACAGUCAUGGCUCCAGCCAGCUCCGGAAGCCUGAGCCCUUCGAGCACCUUGGCCUCCCCAGACUCCUGUGUCUCUUCAACUCAGUGAGAUUGCUGGCCACUGUUUGGGUUCCCUUAUCCAGCUCUGCAUUCCAGAAAUUCCCUCCAUGCAGAAAAUUGGGGUGGCAUCUGACCCAGGCAUCUGCCUCCCAGCAGUGCAAUCACAAAAGCCACGUCUUCAUGUCGGCAGCUGUCGAGUUGCUCCCAAGUCACUAUCUCCCAGACUCGGAUGUGCUGACGAUUCACCUGGGGAUCUUGAAAAGCCAAGAUCCGGAUUCGUUAGGACGGUGGGCCUCGGCUCUGCCUUUCUGACCGCCUCGCAGGUGACCCUGAUGCGGCUGGCUAUGGGGCCCCUCUCGGAGCCGUGAGGGCUGAGGUAUCUGUCAGAGCUUCUAGCCCCUGGUUCUCAACCACGGGAGCUUCUCACAGCGUCUGGGCCUGAGCCCCAGCCGAGACCGCCUUUUAAAUGGCCGUGGGUGGGCCAGGCGCUGGUCUUUUUGAAAUGUUCUUCGGGUGAUUCCAAUGGGCAUCCGGGGCCAGCGCUGUGACCCAGGCUGUGUAGAUUCAAAGCCCUUGGAGGACGGGGUCUGAUUCUGGAGGCCAGAGCACCCUCUCAUCUCGUGCUGGGUGCCUACUAACUGUCAGGGCACUUGGAGGGCAUCAAGGGGGAGCACCCACACCUGAUGGCCCAGCCCAGAGAGGGUUCUGAACCUACCAACACCACCCGCCCCCGGUGUGGGCAGAGCAGGACUCGGGAAGGCCUGGUUGACGGGAGGGGAGCCUGGAGCCGGGUGCCAGGAGCUCCCUCCUCCUGCAGCUGCCAGGUGGGGCCAGUGCACAACAAGGCCCCCCACCCCCACCCCUGCACCCAGGAAACAGGCCACAGUGUCCAGUCAGCAGGCACGUGGCGCCCUCUGCUGGGCAUUAGAGCCACUUGUCCCCAGGGACUCCCAGGGUGAAGAGGGGCCCUGAGACCACUUCUCCUCACCCCUUGAAAUGGGGCAAGAUCAAGGCAGGGCCGGCUGUUCUGUGUCUCGUCUCGGUCUUCCGACUCCAGGAUGGGGAAUACUCGCUCAUGCAGCCAAGUCGCGCUGAGGCCCUUCCUGCCACCCCACCUUUUCCUUCUCACGUCACUGGGCCACAUGUUUAGAGGCAACAGGACUGAAAACAUGCAUUUUGCUGUGUGUCCCCAAGAGGGGCUCAGCCCUGAGCACCCAUGGGUCCUUGUCUAGACACCCCUGUGGGGUCAGUGAGGGGUCAGUGUCAGGAUCAGCUGUGAUGGGAGUUAGCAUUCAGUCUGGGGCCGGGGCUAGGGCCAGGGGUCAGCCUGUGGCUGGGGUCUGGGGUCAUUCUUGCAGAGUCAGGGGUCAGCUGUGUCCAGGGUCGAGGCUCAGGAACCAGGGAAGCACCAGUGGCCAGGCCCAUCUCGUUACAGGCUAUGGCCACGUGUCUGCCCACGGUGAUGGAGGUCGGUGUCUGGGAGACCCAGGCAGGAGAGGAAGAUGGUGGAAAGAGAGGCAGCCCUGGUUUCCUCCAGCCCCCCAGGGAUGGCUGCUCCUAGUCUUUGCUAUUCUUGGGGGCCGAGAGUCCAGGCGUCCACGCACAAUGCCUCAGCGGCCAGGCCCCUGGGCAUGAUCCAUAGAGGGCCCAAUGCUUUGGCUCUGUCUCAGGGGUCAAUGCCUUGUUGUAACCACCACUGGCUUUGUCACAAACACAUGCUUGAGACCAGGCCAAGGUGGGCGAUACUGAGGGGAAGGGGUCUAUCAAACAUUAUGUUUGGGUGGAGAGUACUGGAUGCUGCUGUAGACCAGGGACAUGGAAGCUGAGGUCUGAGGGUGGGCUUCACAGGUAUUCUGGAGGCCAACACACCCACCUGGAAUGCUGUGUGGAUUUCUGCAUGUGGGGCUUUCUGUGGUUUUCAUCAGAUUCUCAGAGGGCCAUAACCAAAAACAAACAAACAAACAAACAAACAAAAAGCUAAGAAUCCUUAUCUAAGCCCAUCCUUAGCUUUUUUUCAAAAACACCUUUGUUUAUUAUAGCUUUAUUGAGCUAUAACUGACAGGCAAUGAACUACACACUAUAUAUUUAUAGUGUCCAAUUUGAUAAAUUUUGAUGUUUGUAUAUACUGUGAAACGAUCACCACAAUCAAGAUGAUGAACAUAGCCACUGCCCUCAAAAUUGAUCUGCUUUCUGAUCCUAUAGAUUUAUUUGUAUUUUCUAGAAUCUUAUAUUAGUAGUAGAACCAUACAGUAUGUACUUUUCUUGUGGGGGGGUCCAGUUUCUUUCACUCAACCAGAUUAUUUUGAUAUUCAUCCAUGCUAUAGUGUGUAUCAAUAGUUUAUUACUUUUUAUUGCUGAGUAGUAUUCCAUUGUGUGGAUAUACCACAAUUUGUACAUCCAUUUAUCUGUUGAUAGACAUUUGAGUUGUUCCUGAUUUUUGGCUAUUACAAAUAAAGCUGCUAUGAACAUUCAUGAAUACAUACCUGUGUGGACAUAUGCUUUUGCCUCUCUUGGGUAAAUACCUCGCAGUGGAAAGAAACUGCCAAACUGUUUUCUAAAAUUGUUGCACCAUUUUGCAUUCCUAUCAGCAGUGGAUGAGCAUUCCAGUUGCUCCACAUCCUGGACAACAUUUGGUGUGGUUAGUCUUUUGAAAUCAUUUUUAGCCAUCAGAGUGGGUGAGUAUGGUAUCUCAUUGUGCUUUUUUUUUCACUUCCCUAAUGACUAAUGAUGUUGAGCAUUUAUUCAUGUGCUUCUUUGUUAUCCAAAUCAUUGGUGAAGUGUCUGUUCAAAUCUUUUGCCAUUAUACACAAACAAUAAUC